AGCGAGAGGGAGGCGCCAAUGAGAGCGACAGGCGUGAGGGAGGAGAAAGAGCGAGGGAGAGCGAGCGAGCGAGGGAGGGAGGAACAAGUGAGGUCCGCCAGCCGCUGAACCCGUGCCGGGCCCACCAGUGCCGCGUCAGCGUCCGUCGUAAGUGGUGUGUUGCAGCUGCUUCGACCCAGUGACCCACCACUUGCUGCCUGAUUCACUUAAACCGGCACCCUUUUCCUUGCCGGAGCCAUCAGCAGUGGAAGACUCACAGUGGAACGUACCUGUGGUGUUGAAUCAGUGACUGGAUCAAUCAAUUGGCGUGGAAAUGUUGAAGCGUUAUGUUUUGGGGGGUGCUGUGCCCCGCCCCUGGAUGCGUGUCCGGGGCUGAGGCGGGGGGCGGCCUGCUCACCUCCACCACAACAACACCGUUGUUCGGUGCGUUGACCAGUCAGUGUGUGGAGGAGUGCUUGCGAAGAGUUGUCUCAGCUGUUUCUUGACCCGUACUGAGUGUCCCCUGCUGCUCUCAUCUACCUCAUGCGGAGUGCCGCGGACAGCAGCAGGUUGUUGGCGGGGUGGCUGCUGGUUCUUUGCCUAGAGCUUGCGUGAUCCGUGUCGGCACCACGAAGUAAGAGCGAACACAAGCCUGGCCGUUGAGCAACAUUAGUGUGGGGCGGAGUGUGAGUGGCAGAGGGUGUGUGUGCGUGAGUGUGUGGCGGCGCUGUGCUCACCGUGCCGCAGCGCCCAGGCAUGGACAGCUUGUGACACUGUCAACACCACCGCGUCCUCGAGUUGCUGACGUUAUGCCUGGUGACCUGCAGUGAGCACCAUGGAAGACGACGGUGACGGUAGACUCAUCGUGGAGGACGAGGUGAAGUGGGAGGUGCGCGAGGCUGGGGACAACCCCGAGGCGCCCGAGCUGUGUCCACGCCUCAUGGUGGCCAGGAAGAGCCUUACUCGGUGCAAGGGCGUGGAGGAAUCCUUCGAGGGCGAGAAUGAUCCCUGCCUCCCCAAGGAACAAGGAGAGACCUACGAGAAUGAGAGUUUCGAGGCUCCUUCCUGCCCCGGCAGUAUUAAUGCCACCAAGUCUCCUGACUCCCUCAGGAUCUCCAAGCGCGCCACCAGUCCCGGGGCGGCGUCCAGUAAAGCCAGCCAGGGAGAGACGGAGAGCCUCACCCCGCACUCCCCCGCCACGCCCCACACGGACAAGGGCAGUAGCUGCCGCAGCAGUGUGAGCAGCGCGGGCGGGGUGGAGUCAGGCCAGGUGGACGCCGGUGGCUUUGAUGACAUCUCGGCGUCCAUGAGUGUUAUCCGUAUGGAAAAAUUUGCUUUGGAGAAGCGUCGCGUGUCGCGCAUCCUGCCCAAGUGUCUCCACCGGACCUUUGUGGACAAGGAUGUGGAGCAGUUGUUCCAAACGUACCACGAGAGACAGCGCCGUGCCGACCUGCACAUCCUACUGGGUGCCGGCGUCACCUUUACCGCGUACAGUGCCGCCAUGUGUGUCCUGGGUGGCGUGGGGCCGCUGCUGCCCGCGCCCCUCGCCCUAGCGGCGAUCGGCAUUCUCAUGUUACUAUUGAUGCUGCUGUGUCGAUUACACGUGUUCCCUGAGCGAUCUUGGACCUUCCUGCCCUACCUGGCGUGGACUCUCUUCCUGUCGGCCGUGGGUGUGUUCGUGUUUCUGGGCCCUCCCACUCCCGUGCCGCGCCAAGCCCUGCUGUGGCUCAUCCUGCUGCAUUUCAUGCUGUUUGUGGGCCUGCCUCUUCGCCUCCCCGCCUGCCUCCUGCUGACCUCUUUCACCGCCGCCGCCCACCUCGCCAGCUCCGCCCUCCUCAUGCCCGAGGGGCAGCGCCUCACCCUCCAGUGCAGGACAAAGCCUCUGCCUGUCGUCAUGGAGUGGUGAGUCCAAGCACUACUGCACGCUGGCUUAAGGCGUCCCGGGCGAGUAAGUCAGGGCACAACUUGGUUCCCGUCUCCUACUGUUCUCCGAUGCAACGUGAAAGGAAACAAGCCCCAGUUGGCUCCAUCCGGCGAGGAAGACGUAUUGGAGUUCUGGAUCUCAAUUUGUUUCGUCCUACAGGCAUCAUAUAUUGUCCUUUUAUAUUUCUUUACACCAAAAACUCUAUAACCUUUCUGCGACGAGAGCAGAAAUGAAUGGAAAUAACCAAGGUAAUAUGCGGCAUGGGAAACUAUCCUUCAGCAGCAGGAACUCGAGUAACUCCUCUCCUGUGCUUGAACUUCGUUGCAUACAGCAGAGCCUGGACCGAUAGGAGAGAGUGAGGGGUGUCCUGUAAGCCUCUCACUGCCUCACACCAAGUAGAAACAGAAACACUACAUCACAACAUCACUACACUUUUCUGUAAAUAGUUCUGACAGUUCAUCUUUAUGUAUGCCAUGAGAAUAACAAACAUGAAUUACUUGC